AUGUCGGCGGGCGGGGAGGAGCUGAAAGUGCCCGAGGAGAUGUUUAAAGAUGUCAAGUUCUUCGCUGUGGGAGACAUCGACCCCAAGGUUAUUCAGCUUCUAAAAGCUGGGAAAGCGAAGGAGGUUUCUUAUAAUGCACUGGCUUCCCACAUUAUUUCGGAAGAUGGGGACAAUCCCGAGGUUGGAGAAUCUCGUGAGGUCUUCGAUCUCCCUGUGGUAAAGCCUUCCUGGGUGAUUUUGUCUGUUCAGUGUGGAGCUCUUCUGCCGGUGAAUGGUUUCUCUCCAGAAUCAUGUCAGAUCUUUUUUGGAGUCACUGCUUGUCUCUCUCAGAUUUCCUCUGAAGACCGAAGUGUGCUGUGGGCUUUGAUUACUUUUUAUGGAGGGGAUUGCCAGCUGAGCCUCAAUAAUAAGUGUACUCAUUUGAUUGUGCCUGAGCCGAAGGGGGAAAAAUAUGAAUGCGCUUGUAAACGAGAGAGCAUUAAAAUUGUGACACCUGAUUGGGUACUAGAUUCUAUAUCUGAUAAAGCUAAAAAAGAAGAGAUAUCCUAUCAUCCCCGUCUAAUUAUAUAUGAGGAGGAAGAGGAUGAGGAAGAAGAAGAUGCAGAAAAUGAAGAACAAGAUUCUCAAAAUGAAGCUAGUACCGAUGAAAAAUUAUCAAGCCCAGCAUCAUCUCGAGACGGAUCGCCUUUGGGUGACCAGGCUUUUUCACCAAAAUCUAUUAGUGCUGAUAAAACAAAAGGGGAAUUGAUGUUUGAUGAUUCCUCAGAUUCCUCUCCUGAAAAGCAAGAAAGGAAUUUGAACUGGACACCAGCUGAAGUCCCACAGACAGCUGCAGCAAAGCGCAGGUUGCCUCAAGGCAAGGACUCUGGGUUAAUUAAUUUAUGUGCCAAUGUCCCACCAGUACCAGGCAAUAUUUUGCCUCCGGAAAUCAGAGGUAAUAUAAUGGCUUCCGUUCAAGGUACCCAAGGCUCUGAACGACCAGAAAUGAUGACUACGUGGAGUCCAGCAGUACGGACAUUAAGAAACAUUACUAAUAGUGCUGAUAUUCAGCAGAUUAAUAGGCCAUCAAAUGUAGCACAUAUCUUGCAAUCCCUUUCAGCACCUACAAAAAGUUUAGAACAACAAGUAAAUCAUAGCCAACAGGGACAUACAAACGCUGUGUUGUUUAGCCAAGUGAAAUUAACUCCAGAGACACAUUUAUUACAACAACAACAUCAAACACAGCAGCAACAGCACCACCCUCUUUUACACCUUCAACCUCAACAACUUAUGCAGUUGCAGCAGCAGCAACAGCAGCAGCAACAGCAACAACCACAGAUUCCUCAACAACCUUUCCCACAGCAACAGUCUCAUCAGUUUUCACAACAGCAACAGCAAGUUCAUCAGCAACACCAGUUUGCACAGCAGCUACAGUUUCCACAGCAACAACUCCAUCCUCAACAACAACUCCACCGGCCUCAGCAGCAGCUGCAAUUCCAACAGCAGCAUGCCUUGCAACAGCAGUUGCAUCAGUUACAACAACAACAGUUGCAGCAGCAACAAUUACAGCAAAUACAACAGCAGAACCUUCAACAGCAACAACUACAGCAGCAACAGCAGCAAAUUCAGCAACAGCAGUUGCAACAGCAGCAUUUACAGCGAUUACAUCAGCAACAUCAACAGCAGCAAAUGCAAACUCAAGCGCCGCAACAUUUGACUCAAACAUCUCAGCCGCUACAACAUCAGGUGCCAGCCCAACAACUGCAACAUCACCAGCAGCCACAGCUGCAACAACAUCAGCUGUUUGGACAUGAUCCAGCCAUAGAGAUUCCAGAAGAAUAUUUCCUGUUGGGCUGUGUUUUUGCAAUUGCUGAUUAUCCAGAACAGAUGUCUGACAAACAGCUGUUAGCGACCUGGAAACGGAUCAUUCAAGCACAUGGCGGCACUGUGGACCCCACGCUUACAAGCAGAUGUACGCAUCUUCUCUGUGAAAGCCAAGUCAGUAAUAUGUAUGCUCAGGCUGUGAGAGAAAGGAAGAGGUGCAUCACAGCACACUGGCUGAACUCCAUCUUGAAGAAGAAGAAAAUGAUACCACCACAUCGAGCCCUUCAUUUUCCAGUGGCAUUCCCACCAGGAGGAAAACCAUGCUCUCAGCACAUUAUCUCAGUGACAGGAUUUGUUGAUAGUGACAGAGAUGAUCUCAAACUAAUGGCUUACCUAGCAGGGGCCAAAUACACCGGCUAUCUGUGUCGCAGCAACACAGUUCUCAUCUGUAAAGAGCCUACUGGGUUAAAGUAUGAGAAAGCCAAAGAAUGGAGGAUACCAUGUGUAAACGCACAGUGGAUUUGUGAUAUAUUGCUUGGAAAUUUUGAAGCAUUACGGCAGAUUCAACAUAACCGAUAUACAGUGUUCAAUCUUCAGGACCCCCUUUCUCCUACUCAGCAUCUAGUUCUAAACCUCCUGGAUGCCUGGAGAGUGCCAUUAAAGGUAUCAUCAGAGCUUCUAAUGGGUGUGAGAUUGCCCCUGAAACCAAAGCAAAAUGAAUCAAGUCUUCAGCCUUCUUCUAAACGGGCACGAAUUGAGGACAUACCACCACCUACUAAAAAGCUCUCACCAGAAUUGACCCCAAUGGUGCUCUUCACAGGAUUUGAGCCUACACAAGUCCAGCAGUAUAUCAAGAAACUCUACAUUCUUGGGGGUGAAGUAGCAGAAUCUGCACAGAAAUGCACACAUCUAGUUGCCAGCAAAGUGACCCGUACUGUAAAGUUCCUGACAGCAAUUUCAGUAGUCAAGCACAUAGUAACUCCGGAGUGGUUAGAAGAGUGUUUCAAAUGCCAGAAAUUUGUUGAUGAGCAGAACUUCAUGCUCCGAGAUGCAGAAGCUGAGGUGCUUUUCUGCUUCAGUUUAGAGGAGUCUCUAAAGAGAGCACAAGUGGCUCCGCUUUUUAAGGGGAAAUAUUUUUACAUUACACCUGGAAUUUGUCCUAGCCUUUCCACUAUGAAGGCAAUUGUGGAAUGUGCAGGAGGAAAAGUAUUAUCCAAACAACCUUCUUUUCGAAAACUUAUGGAACACAAACAAAACAAAAGUUUGUCAGCGAUAAUCUUGAUAUCCUGUGAAAAUGAUCUUCACUUAUGUCGAGAAUAUUUUGCCAGAGGCAUAGAUGUCCAUAAUGCUGAGUUUGUUCUGACUGGAGUACUUACUCAAACACUGGAUUAUGAAUCAUAUCCUUUUUAUAUGAAAACCAAGAAAUGUGAUUGUUGGGAAAGGUUUUACUAA